AUGGUUGGCUGGGAUUACUAUAAUAGUCCGGCUACUGAAGGUAGGAUUCUGGUUCUAUGGAGGAGAUCCUUUGUCAAUGUUCAGGUGUUACUGGUUCACCAACAAUUCGUACAUUGUCUGGUGAAGUUCUCUGGUUUACAGCAGGAUUUGGUGAUUACAUUUGUUUAUGGAUUCAGCUUGUUGGCUGAGAGGUUAGAUAUGUGGAGGGGUUUAUCUUCUUUGUCAAUUCUGAACUUGCCAUGGCUGGUUGUGGGAGAUUUUAACUCAGUGUUUGAUUUUGAUGAUAGAGUGGGAGGAAGGGAGAUUGGUGCUAAUGAGUUAGUUGAUUCUACUGCAUGGCUAGCUCAUUCUCAUCUUGCUAAACUUAAAUGUGUAGGUUCUAACUUUACUUGGUCCAAUAAACAGGAGGGGGGAGAUCGAGUCUAUUCAAAAAUAGAUCAUGCAUUUAUUAAUGAAGGGUGGAUAGACUUUCUGCUGAACUCCAUUGUUGAGCUACAUUGGGAGGUAUAUUCAGAUCAUUGUUUCUUCCUCAUUAAGACUCAUUCGGCUGGGAAUUUAGGAGUACAACCAUUCAGGUUCUUUAAUUGCUGGAUCACUCACAACAAAUUUAAAGAAACUGUUAUGGAAAAUUGGCUUAAGCCUAUGACAGCUAGAGGCUUAUGGGGAGUGACUAAGAAGCUGUUACGCCUGAAACAUGUUCUGAGGAAGUUUAAUAGGAUGGAGAUUGGGGAUAUUGAGCAAAGGUUUCAUCAAGCUAAAGGUGAUUAUCAGGAAGCUUUAACUAAAGUUCAAGAGUUUCCCUUUGAUGUCUCUGCUCAGGAGGCAGAAAAGAAAGCAGCAAUCAGUUAUAAAAUUCACUAUGCAAGAUAUAGGAGCUUCUUGAUUCAGCGAAGUAAGGUGACUUGGCUGCAAAAAGGAGAUGAGAAUAAUGCUUAUUUUCAUGCUUGCAUCAAAAAAAGGAGAGAGGAGAAUCUGAUAGUUUCUUUUUUAAAUGAUCAUGGGACAUCAUUGAUGACUAUAGUUCAGUAG